ACUGUCUUAGCCUGUCCCCCCCACCCAACACAGUUCUCUCUCUCUAUCUCUCUCUUUCUAUCUCUAGCAGUCCAAGUCCAAAAGCCACUACCGCAUUGGCUUUUAUCGUCUUUUGUUCUGUGCUUCCUAUGCAAUUGUCUAUGUCUGCUGCUUCUGCUCCCUCUUCUCAGUACCUGCAAAUGGGGGAGGAAUCAUACUUUGAAUUUCUUGUUAUUAUUUGAUACCCAUCUCUUUUUCUUUCUCUCAUCUUUUAGCCCUCUGGCUGGGUAUCCCUCCAAACAUGACUUUCUUGGUGUUUUCUAUAAUUCUAUUCAUCCGCUUCCAUUCCUCUCCUGUUUUUGCUUUGUGGGUACCCCUCAAAAAUAUGAAUUCCUUACCAUGAUUUGACCCCAUUUCCCAAUUUUAUAUAGUUUUGGCUUUGUGGCACUCUUCUUAUGACCACUUGAUUACUCUAAUCCCCUCCUUUUCUUUUUCCUUUUCUUUUUUAAUUUUUUUAUAUUUUUGUUGGUGGGUGGGUUGGUUAUUUGGUUGUACUUCUAUUCACCCACACAAGAACCGCACUGGGUGUUCAUGGAAAUUGAUCUGAACCAUGCAGUGACUGAGGUGGAGAAGAAUGCAUAUUGCAAUGGGGACUGUGGCAAGGGUGCUUGUGUUUGUUGUUUGUCCUCUUCGACUUCUUCAUGUUCUUCUAAUUCAUCUGGAGCUCCUGUGUCUUCUUCGAUUUAUCUGGAGCUUUGGCAUGCAUGUGCUGGCCCUCUCACCUCUCUGCCCAAGAAAGGAAAUGUGGUUGUCUACUUCCCUCAAGGCCAUUUAGAACAGGCCGCUUCAUCCUCUCCUUUCUCACCCUCGGAGAUGCCGAGCUUUGAUCUCCAUCCUCAGAUCUUCUGCAGGGUUGUCAAUGUCCAACUACUUGCUAAUAAGGAGAAUGAUGAGGUUUAUACGCAGGUUACUUUGCUUCCUCAGCCAGAGUUGGCAGGCAAGAAUUUAGACGGCAAAGAGCUUGAAGAGUUGGGGGUGGAUGAGGAGGGGGGUGGAGGAUCACCUUCAAAGUCUACUCCUCACAUGUUCUGCAAAACACUUACCGCUUCUGAUACCAGCACCCAUGGAGGAUUCUCUGUUCCUCGUAGAGCUGCUGAAGACUGUUUCCCUCCUUUGGAUUAUAAGCAGCAGAGGCCCUCACAAGAGCUUGUUGCUAAAGACCUCCAUGGGGUGGAAUGGCCGUUUCGACAUAUUUAUAGAGGUCAGCCAAGGCGGCAUCUGCUCACUACAGGAUGGAGUAUUUUUGUAAGCCAAAAGAAUCUGGUUGCAGGGGAUGCAGUGCUCUUUUUGAGAGGUGAAAAUGGAGAGCUAAGGUUGGGAAUUAGAAGAGCUGUUCGACCUAGAAAUGGUCUUCCAGAUUCAAUUGUUGGCAACGAGAAUUCUUAUCCAAAAGUGUUCUCUCUAGUAGCCAAUGCAAUAUCUGCAAAGAGCAUGUUUCAUGUUUUCUACAGUCCAAGGGCAAGUCACGCAGAAUUUGUCAUAUCCUACCAAAAAUAUGUCAAAAGUAUCACAAAUCCGGUGACAAUUGGGACAAGAUUCAAAAUGAGAUUUGAAAUGGAUGAUUCGCCAGAAAGGAGGUGUAGUGGCGUAGUCACUGGAAUAAGUGACCUGGAUCCCUACAGAUGGCCUAACUCCAAGUGGAGAUCUUUGAUGGUCAGAUGGGAUGAUGAAGAUAUUGCAAGUGAUCCUCAAGAUCGAGUUUCCCCUUGGGAGAUUGAUCCUUCUGUUUCUCUCCCACCCUUGAGCAUUCAGUCUUCCCCACGGCUUAAAAAGCUGAGGACAAGUCUGCAGGCAACCCCGCCUGACAACCCUGUCACUGCAGGAGGGGGUGGAUUUUUGGACUUUGAGGAGUCUGUAAGAUCCCCUAAGGUCUUGCAAGGUCAAGAAAAUGUAGGUUUCAUAUCACCAUUCUAUGGAUGUGAUACUGUAAACCGCCUGCUAGAUUUUGAGAUGCGAUCCGCUGCACAUCAAAAUCGAGCAUCAACUGGAGUAGGAAAGUCUACUAAUAAUGAGUUUUUGAAGACUCGUCCCACCACUUACACAGGCUUUGUGGAAUCUGAUAGAUUUCCGAAGGUCUUGCAAGGUCAAGAAAUAUGCCCAUUGAGAUCUCUGACAAGAAAAUCUGAAUUCAAUACUUGGGCAAAGCUGAAUCCUGGUUGCAAUUCUUUCAACAUGUAUCAAGAACCCAAACCCAAUUUCUACCCCCUGCAAUCAGAGAGCCUUAAAAGCAUGUAUUUUCCUUAUAAUGACAUGCAUCAAGCUGGCAAAAAUCCCAGAAUGCGCUCUUAUGCAACUAACUUACCCAGAGAGAAUGUCUCAUUCAACUCAUCUUCUGUUCAGACAGGGAUUAUAACGAAUGAAUUUGGAAUGCGAAAUCUACCAAAUGAGCAUACGCCAGCGGAAAAUGUGUCUGCUGCCCCAACUUUAGGGGCCACUAUGAGAAACACAAAAGAUGAAAAUUUUAAUGGGAAUGUGACUGGCUGUAAGCUUUUUGGGUUUUCCUUGACUGGGGAAACUCCGAACUCACAUGUUUCUGGUAAGAGGAGUUGUACUAAGGUUCACAAGCAAGGAAGCUUAGUAGGAAGAGCCAUUGAUCUCUCAAGACUGAAUGGAUAUGGUGACCUGCUGAGUGAACUAGAGCGGCUGUUUAGCAUGGAAGGCCUUCUACAAGAUCCUGAUAAAGGAUGGCAGAUCUUGUACACCGACAGUGAGAAUGAUGUAAUGGUCGUUGGGGAUGACCCAUGGCACGAGUUCUGUAAUGUGGUGUCCAAGAUCCAUAUAUAUACCCGAGAAGAAGUGGAGAAGAUGACCAUUGGAAUGAUCAGUGAUGAUACUCAGAGUUGUUUGGAACAAGCACAGGUGGUCAUGGAAGCGUCGAAGUCUUCGUCAGUGGGCCAGCCGGAUUCUUCUCCAACUGUAAUUCGGGUUUGAGGAUUAGUGUUGUCUUAAGUAUUAUUAUGUUUGCUCUGUUUGUAUGUGCAACUUGGUGAGUUCUGAGUUCAGUAGUUGCCAUUGUCACUAGCACAUACUGAACAUUGAAGUUUCAUGCCUUGGCCACAGGAGUGUGAAGUGUUCAUUGAACUCUUACAAGCCUGUGGUUUAUUAUGAUGGGUAUGUAGUAUUAUUACUAGUUCAUGCCUUAAUGGGUAUAGAUUGCUCUAUCUAUGUGUGGUGUGUAAUCCAGGGUUUGCAACACUGGAGAAAAUAAAAGCAGUUGUAAGCU